UGUUCACCUUGAAACAUUGCUGGAUUCUACCUUCACUUUUGCCCAGAACCUCUGGACUUGUAGGAAACUUGGCUCCUGAGAGACAUGACACUUCUGAGAAAAAGCACAGGAGCAGUGGCUUUGGAGUGAAGCCUUCAGUUCACGAUGACAAUUUUUCAUGUGUUUGUUUCAUAGAAGUUCCACACUGACCAAUCAAGAGCAGAAAAUCUGAAGAGAUGCCAGCAGGAAAAAGAAAUUAAACCAGGCCCAAGGAGCAAGGCAACCGGCAUGAUGGAGGUCGAGUCCUCCUACUCAGACUUCAUCUCCUGUGACCGGACAGGCCGUUGGAAUGCAGUCCCUGACAUCCAAGGCAACUCGGAGGCGGUGAGCGUGUGGAAGCUGGCUGGGGACAUGGGCGAGCUGGCACUUGAGGGGGCAGAAGGACAGACGGAAGCAAGCACCUCUCACAAGGAGGCCAGCAGCCAGCCUGAGAGCUGUGAUGGGACCACCUCGUCUUGAGCCUGCCUUUGUUCACAGAGGCUGGAAGAAAGACCCC